AUGGCUCGAGUCAUAAAUACAGGACCCGGAGACACCGGUGCCAAGGUUGCUGGAACGGCCCAAAAGAGGCAGACGAGAUCUACCACCGCUGAAACUGCACAGGCAACCGCUGGGCCAUCGACUGGGAAGGUGCCCACCACUGGAAAGCAGGCUGCUCAACCUGCUAGUUCAGUGGCCGGACCAUCGACCGCAAAGGUAGCUGUACCGACAGCUGCGAAGAACAAUGGAAAGCCCAAGCGUGGUAGACCUAGAACAGCAUGUUCACCAUGUCGCCGCGCCAAAAAGCCAUGUCCGCAUAUGAGAAAGGAGGAGGAGGAGGAAGAGGAAGAGGAUGAUGAUGAUGAUCAGAAGAAGCUUUCUGAAAAGGCGAAGGGCAAACAAAAGAUGAAGCGUGCCGAUGAUGAUGAUGGCGAUGACGGCGACGGUAAUCAGAAGCAGCUUUCUGAAAAGGCGAAGGGCAAACAAAAGAGAAAGCGUGCCGAUGACGAUGACGAUGACGAUGACAAUGCUCCAGGCCCAAUACAAGUUAAAAAACGGGGUCGACCUGCUAAGAAUCAAGCAGCUAUUGCUGAACCUUCAACCGUCCCUCGAACUGUUGCCGGUCCUUCAGGGAGUGCUCCUGCGCCUGCAGCACCUGCAAACUUAUCCAACCCACUGACGGCUGCCGGGCAUAUCGUAACACACCAGUACAUGAGUCAGCAACUGGGCCAGCGACUCGACGAGGCUGAAAAGAGGUGGACAGAAGCCAUGGAUGCCAUGAUGAAGGCCAAGCAGGCUUUGGAUGCCUGGAAAGACUUCUACUUGAAGCACAAGGGAUCGCCCAGUUAG